AUGGCACGCACGACAGGCCCCCGCCUCCACACAAUUGCAGCAGCAAAUAGGGGUCUGAGUUUAGGCAGGCUCUUAAAUUCCCAACCCCGCGGUGCCAAUCCGGCGUGUACGAGUCUUUUGCCCACCAUGGACGACCUGCGUUUCCGACAGCAGCAGCAGCAGCAGCAGCAGCAGUCGUCGAGGAACGACCUGCCAAUCUCCUCUCUAGUUUCACCACCUCGCAACGGCAACUCCAGAAUGGCCAUGCAGCAGCCGCCUCCCCACGACCAUCGCGCAAAUCUCCCUCGUCGCUUCACUACCGACUCCGGCCGUGUCCCGACUCUUUCCAGCAUGACUUCGCCCACUAACGGUCCCGAGCUGUCGCACGACUACUCCUCCACCCAAACGUUGCACAAGGUUCAAUUGAUUGAGCAGAAGAAAAUGGAGUACGAGAGAAUUCGAGAGCAGCGCCGCCGCUUCGAGCUGGAAAUGCAAAAGCUCGAUCAGCAGUCGCGUCGCGAGGCUCAAGAACUCGCUCAGAUGGAGGAGGAAAUUGUUCGCCUCGGCGGCCACCAGUCCGAGCCCACCACGCCUCCCGAAUAUCGCGACCACAACUCGGGCUUCCCCUCCAUGUUUUCGCGACCGAAUCGGUAUUCCACCUCCAGCCUCACCUCGCCCCCAGGCCUCUUCAACCGCCCCGGAAGGUCAGGCUCGCAGGUGACUUCUCCGCCAUCUGGCCUCAUGCAGUCUCGCUACGGAUACGAUGAACCCCUGCCCUCGCGAUCCGUUCCCACCACUCGCCGAAACAGCGACGACGAGAAGGAAGAGGCCGUUCGCCAGGAUCCUUCCAGCCACCGAUCUGGCAAUGCUUUCAACCGUUACUCGAUGCCGGUUACCAAGUCCAAGAAUGGAUUGUAUGAGGGCCACCACCUGGACCAGACCAACACCGCUCGAUUCCUGUUUGGCGAGGAUGAACCAAACGCCUUUCCGCGCCGCGAUACUCCCGACCACAACUUCCCGACGCUUGUCCGCCGAGAUGACCAGAUCCUCUCUGCAUCUUCUGCUGCUCUCGACCUUGCCUUGUCACCAUCGCCAAAGCCUGAUGCCAGCAGAAACUGGUCUAAUGUUAACCGACACCGCGCGCAGCAGAGUCUCUCUUCUUUGAACAUCAACGGCAGUUCCAGCCAGCUCGGUGAUCUCAGCGCUAUUGGAAGCCGCCCUGCUUCUAUGCGACACUCCCUCGAUCUCAAGUACAUCCCCGAGACCGGCGACGGAAACGCUGGCGUCAUUUCUCCCAAGAGCUCCCACGUCAUCACAACUCCUCCCAAGCUUCAGAGCUCUUUUUCCUCCGGCGAGAUACCGACUGUCAAGAACUCGUCUGCAUCUUCCAUGAUGGCCAACAACGCCAACAACCAUGCCCAGCAGCAUUUCCACAACCACAAUGCAAACAUGGGAAGAAUUCCUGCUGGGGCCAUGCGCCACAGCCGCGAGCUCUCUGGCGACAGCUCCAUGAACGCUGGCCGAGACCAAGUCGGGGCCUAUCAGUCCAUCCACUCUGCUUUGCAAGCAAGUGCCGCGCCCUUUGGCCCUAGCAUGACCACCUCCGCGGCUCCUUUCAGCUCAGCGACCGCCACGUCCGCUUCCACAGCACCGGCCAUGAAUGGAAUGAAUGGCAUGAACAACAUGAACGGUGCUAACGGCUUGAAUGGCAUCGGUGGUGUAAAUGGAAUGAACGGAUUCCCCGGCUACUACAACCAGAACGGGUACCAGAACAACGGCCCCAGUGGCGCACAAUUUGGUGGACCAAUGCUUGCAGCCGGCAUGCAGCAGCUGAAUCUCAACGGCGUUGCGUCGGGCAACAUGUAUCCUGUGCAAAACUUUCAGGGCUACAACGGCGUUCCAUUCCAGCAUGGAUCUGGGACUCCCCAGCGAGACAGCCAGGCUCGCGUCAUUCAGAACCGACGCCAGCAACUGGACCCUGAUGCUAUGUCUCGCUACCAAAACAUGCCCCUUGAAUCCUUCCGUUCGCAGAUCUACGAUCUGUGCAAGGAUCAGCACGGCUGCCGCUAUCUCCAGAAGAAGCUGGAAGAACGCAACCCUGAGCAAGUUCACAUGAUUUGGCUCGAGACCAACCAGCACGUCAUCGAGCUCAUGACGGAUCCAUUUGGUAAUUAUUUGUGCCAAAAGCUCCUCGAGUUCUGUAAUGACGAUGAGCGAACUGUCUUGAUUCAGAACGCUUCUCAAGACAUGGUCCGCAUUGCCCUCAACCAGCACGGUACUCGCGCCUUGCAGAAGAUGAUUGAGUAUGUGAAUACUCCUCAGCAGGUUCACCUCAUCAUCGAAGCUCUCCGGUUCCGUGUCGUGGAGCUCAUUCAGGACCUCAAUGGCAACCAUGUCAUCCAGAAGUGUCUUAACAAGCUCACUUCUCUCGACGCGCAGUUCAUCUUUGACGCCGUUGGUAACAACUGUAUCGAAGUCGGUACCCAUCGUCAUGGUUGCUGUGUUCUGCAGCGCUGCAUCGACCACGCAUCUGGAGACCAGAAGCAGUGGCUCGUCGGGCGCAUCACCGCGCAUGCUAGAAUUCUCGUCCAGGACCCUUUUGGCAACUACGUCGUCCAGUACAUCAUCGACCUGAACGAGCCAACAUUCACUGAGCCUGUUGUUGCUACUUUCCAGGGAUGUAUUGGACAGCUGUCGCGCCACAAGUUCAGCUCCAACGUCAUUGAAAAGUGCCUUCGGUGUGCCCAGCCGCCGUCCAAAGACAUGAUUGUGGAAGAAAUGCUGGCCCCCGUGGAGAUUGAACGCCUCCUUCGAGACUCCUUCGCCAACUAUGUCAUCCAGACGGCCUUGGAGUUUGCCACCCCCCAGCUCAAAUACCGCCUGGUUGAGGCUAUCAGGCCCAUUCUGCCCCAGAUCCGCACAACGCCCUAUGGACGUCGUAUCCAGGCCAAGAUCUCUGCCUACGACAGCCGCGGAAGCGCUGCAUCCAGUGGUCAGGCCACUCCGGCAGACAACACAGGAGGACAGAUCCCUCUGCGACCGAGCCAUGCGAGGGGCAUGUCUGGCACCAUUGCGCAGAAUAACCUCGCUGCCAAUAGUGCUCCUUCCCCUGGCAAUGGUAACCAGAGCUCUCGCCAAAAUAUGCCUGCUUACGGUGGUAACGCCGGAAUGACUUCUGCAGCCCAAGUGCAGCAGCCCCCUGUUCAGCAGUCCCAGUUUGGUCAGAAUACUGGCGCCCCCAACGGUUCGAACAUGCAGUCGCCCAUGAAUGGUGGUGCAGAGAACAUGGAGACUCGCUGGGUGUAA